AUGUCUCGAUUCCUCAACCCGGCUAAGAUCGGUCUGCUCGCUCUCAUCGAGCUGUACACCGACAGGGCCGUCUCUACAUCUUCGAUUGUAGACGUCUUAUCCUUCAUCACAUCUCACCUGAUUGAUAGCGAUGCUUCCAGCGCUUCUACAAAUCCUGAACUUCGGUGGAGUCGAGCCGAAAGCACCGUUAGCCUGGUCAUUUCCAUCGCAAAUUUCGAGAAGGUCUUGAUACCGCAUACUGCUGCCUCCGGCAUGCCUGGUCGCAGUCUGUGGUAUGUAUUCCUCGAGAAGCUGUGGAAGAUCGACUCGCUCGACGCGCUGCAUGAGUUCUUCGAACAUUGUUCGUUCUUGCUAGCCAAGACGAAGGACGAACUCCGCCGAGACGCUGAGCUGGGCGUGCCACCACCUGGUCCUGAGGUCGUAUUGCUUGGCCGCAAUUCGCCUUUCGGUGCCUUCGUACGCAGGUCGCAACUGGAGUUCACGAGACUACGAUUUCACGAUGCCUUCGAAUUAUGGAAGGACUUCGUCAAGUACCGCCAGACUACGGCGGCAUACUACCGGAAGAAGACGCCGUCAUUUCAAAGACUCAGCUUUGACAAUGUCCUCCUUGCUGGCGAGAGUGACUGGGGUUCGGGGGUAGAAGAGGUCGCUUCUGUCGCCUACGGAGAGAUGCUCAGAGACGAUCCAAAUUCAACUUUGCCUGUUUCUACCGACGAUAUUGAGAAACUCCUGGAGUUUCAGAUUGAUCAUAUGCAAAAGUACGGCAACCGAAUACCUUUAGAGAUACGGCAUCAGUUCCACGACCUCUUGAACGACAGCUAUAUGGUACCCAGUUUAUCACAUUACCUGAGCUAUCUAGAUGCCUGGCGAGCCGGAGACUACUCGACAUCAUUCGACUACCUACACCGCUACUUCGACUAUACCAUGCAGAACAGGGAUAGGUCCUUCUAUCAGUAUGCUCUUAUGAACCUCGCCGUGCUCCAAGCCGAUUUUGGCUGCUACAAGGAAGCAAUUGCCGCGAUGCUCGAGACGGUAUCAACCGCCAGGGAGAAUCGAGAUAUGACCUGCCUAAAUUUCGCGCUCAACUGGCUUUUCCACUUCGCACGAGCCCACCCCGAGGUCACCAAGGAGUUGGAGUCGAAUAGCAUGCUGGGUACCGGCAAAGAGUCUCUGGCAUUUCUCAGAAGCAGAGCAAAAGAGACAAGCAUGUGGACAUUAUGGAGUUCUGCCUUGAUGAGCGAGGCCAAGAUGAGCCUCUCAAAUGGUGAGAGUGUAGCCACGGCCCUGGAGCAUCUGGUCAGAAGCUCACAGAUUCUGGUCGAGAAAAACAUGAAGAAUAUGCUGGGCUCCCAACUGUCGAUCAACAUAGCUCUUUGGGACAGGCUGGGCAUCUCGUACCUUUCAGCGACCACAUGCGAGGUAUUCCUCCGCUGCCAUGCCCGCCAUUCGAUAUUCGACGACGAGUUAAAAGUGACUAGCCGUCAAGCUUCGAUGUUGGCCUUGAAGGGCAAAUACGAUGAGGCACUGGAAAGACUGGAGACCAUGGACACCAACUCGCUCCGGGCCUGGAAGCCGAGCCAGUAUUGGCACAAGUUUCGAGGCAUAAUCAAGCUGAGAAGGGACCUGCACCGGAAUAACCUAGAUGGUGCCGAACUGCUCCUCUCGCAGCUCCUGCAAUCGAAAAGCGAAGACCUGGAGCCCGACCUCGCCUUGGUGAUAGACAACCUUCAUGUUGAGUGCCUAGUCCGCCGAGGCAAUCUCGAGGAAGCGUUUAUCAAGGUAGAGAAGAUGGUGGCGGAGCUUCGGGACGAGAACAAAGAUAUUGCUCUUCGAGUGAGGCUCCUGUUACUCAAAGCUGAGCUCCUCGAUAAGUGCGGUCGCCCUCAAAAGGGAUUCACCAUUGCGGUGCGAGCGGCCAAUGUCGCCUGGCGCGCCCGCCUGAUCCCCUACCUAUGGCCAUCCAUAGGAGCCAUAGCCAACAUCCUCACCUCGCUCGGGGACUUUGAGCCGUCUAUCCAAUUACUAAAUGCGGUCCUGCCGCGCAGUCUCGAGUGCGAAAACUCAUGCAUGAUCGCCAAACUCUACUCGCACCUCGGGGACGCGAACAUGGGCAUGGCGGGCAAGAUGCCGCCAAAGUCCAACAAGAGAAGGGAGUUUAUGACGAAGGCGGUCGAGGCGAUCGAGAAGGCGUUCCAUCACUACUCGAGCGUUGAGGAUAUCAACAAGCAGUGCGAGAUGAUGGCGAAGAAGGCCACCAUUAUGAAGGUUGCGGGCGACAAUGUGCUGGCGAAUGACUAUGCGGCGGCUUACCUUGCAUUGCGCAGAGACGCUGCGCAGAUGACGAUAUAA